AUGGCUUACAACGACGACUCUGUCAAAGCAAAACUGUCUGCGCUCAACGAAACCCAGGAGGGUAUCGUGACUGUCGCGCAAUGGGUUAUACGCCAUGCAGAUCGUACUGUGCAGCUCUGGUUACAGAAACUUCGAGACUCCCCUGCAAAUAAGAAGCUCAAUCUCAUCUACCUUGCCAAUGAAGUUGCGCAACAGUCUAAAGCGAGACGGAAAGACGAUUUUAUAAUUGCUUUUUCACCGGUCAUCGCGGAAGCCACAGCAAUUGCAUACAAAGGCGCAUCCAACGACAUUCAACAGAAGCUUCGUCGAGUCGUUGAAGUUUGGAGACAACGUGGUGUAUUCGAAUUGCCGAUUCAAGAAGCUGUAGAAGCUCGUGUCAAUGAAUUGGACAAAAACCGCUCUUCCGGGAAAAAGCCCCUACUCGGUGGGUCGCUUUUCAGUUCAGGCUCUGUACCACCCGAGUUGCAGCCUCUUGUACAACUUCAGGUCAAUGUUUCGAAGGGUUCUGUGGCAUCCGGUACGGCGGUUAAUACAGCCAACGCCGAGUUUGACAAAAUGAACGAUCCUAGCGCGCCAACGCCUCCAGCCCCGGUGCAUGCGGCCCGUUUGAGCCAAUUGCUCAAGUCAUUGGCAAAUGCCGAAAGUUCAGUGUCCGAGAUUAUUAAAUCACGUCAAGCGCUCAUGGAAGGUCUUGAAAAGAUGCUUGAAAGCAAUCGUACUGCCCUUUCCAGGGAGACCGCUCUUUUGACUCAAAUGGGUGAAAGAAAGGCCGAAACCGAAAUGAGAAAACGCGAAGUCGAGGAGGCGAUUAUGCGCGGUCUUUCUGCGGAGGAGUCUUCGACGCCGGCUGACAAUGCAGGCGGUCCAGAACAUGAGCCAGCUCGGCCCACCGUUGAAGCCCUAACACCACCGCCUGUAGAGUCACUGACCCCUACUGGAUCACCCACACGACAAGGAAAUGAGAAUAACGGCGAUACACAACAGCCUCAGCCGCAUCCUUUCACGUUAUCGGACGAUCAUCAGAUGGAUUGGUCUGUGGAUAUGCAUGGGUCUAGUCUAUCGCUCGAUGAAGCUAAUGACCAGUCUAGGAAUGGGCUCAAUUGA